AUGCAGGACCUCCUGUUCAGCGUAUGUGCCCUCAAUGUCCUCUCCACCAUCGUGUGUGCCUUGGCCACAGCCAUGUGCUGCAUGCAGAUGGUCUCUUCAGAUGUCCUACAAAUGUUUCUGCCACAGAGGUCACACUCCUCCCACCGUGCCUGUGCAACGCCCCACAGCAGUGCUCUCCACCAGAUGCUGGACUUCGAUGAGUUCAUCCUCCCUGUCCCGCCCCCACCCUACUACCCUCCGGAGUACACCUGCACGCCUGCCGUGGAUACACAGAGAGGCCUGCACCUGAACUUUGCUCCUUCUCCCUUCAAUACCUUAUAUGAUGUCGCCAUCAACAGCCCUGGCCUGCUGUAUCCUGCCGAACUCCCUCCACCGUAUGAGUCCGUGGUGGGACGGAGCAUGCCCAGCCAG